AUGAUCUCCGUCGUAAUCAUCGCUGAGCUACUUGUGGAGUACACGACGGCUCUCGCUAAACUAACCGCCGGUAUUCUUCCGAGACGGCAAGGCGACAGCAACGUCGUACGGAUUGGCGGAUUCUCCUUGCCUUGUCCUUCUCCGUCGAGUACUAAUCGGUCGUCGCCGAUUCCGGACUUUUCUUCUCACCUCGUCGAUUUCUGA